AUGCUCUUCAAGCUCCUGACCUCGGCGGCCUUCGCCGCCUCUUUGGUCUCGGCGCAGACCUACACCUCCUGUGACCCCACCAAGCGCGAUGACUGCCCCAACCCCAAGGCUGUCGGCUCCAAGCCCGUCGACAUUGACUUCCGCAAGGGCGCCAGUGACUUCUUCAAGCUUGCCGAUGGCACGAGCCUCAAGUACGACAACAACCUCGGUGCCGUCUUCUCCAUAAGCAAGGAGACAGACGCUCCCACCAUUGGCAGCAACAAGUACAUUUUCUUCGGCCAGGUCGACGUGACGGUGCGGGCUGCCCGCGGCAUUGGCGUCGUGACCAGCUUCGUGCUGCAGUCGGACGACCUCGACGAGAUUGACUGGGAGUGGCUUGGCGGUGAUAAUGCGCGGGUCCAGACCAACUUUUUCAGCAAGGGCUGCGUCGAGACGUAUGACCGCGGCGGCUUCUCGCCAGUGGCCGACCCCGUCAACCAGUUCCACACCUAUACCAUCAAGUGGACCCCGACUCAGCUCGACUGGAUCAUCGACGGCACCGUCGUCCGCACGCUCAUGAACACGGGCGUCCAGGGCUGCGCCGGCUACCCGCAGUCUCCCAUGCAGAUCAAGCUCGGCACCUGGGUUGCUGGCCGCAAGAAUGCUCCCCAGGGAACCAUUGAGUGGGCCGGCGGUGUCACCGACUUCACCGAUGCCCCCUUCGAGGGCUACUACCAGAGUCUCCGCAUCGUCGACUACAUGGGUGCCCAGGGUGCGACCGAGGCGACUGAGUACCACUACACCGACCUCAGCGGUAGCUGGCAGAGUAUCAAAGUGGUCAACAACGGCGAGGAGGCCGAGUCCAGCUCCAGCAGCUCUACCACCAAGUCCUCCUCGACCACCUCGAAGCCCAGCUCCUCGUCCGCCACCACGCUCACGACCGUCACUUCGUCGCAGUCCACCAGCUCCAACGCUACUAUCACCAGCUCAGGCAGCAGCCGCGGCCCCACCGGCACCUCGGGCAACCAGGUCAGCGCCACCACGACAGGCAGCACGUCCCUGUCGACCGCCGCGGCCCCCACGCUGGUCGGAAACAUGGCCGCUGUCGGCGCUGCCGCCCUGCUCGGCUACCUCGCUCUCUAA